CAAAUUGAAAUAACCCAAACAGGGACGGCACGUUUUCGCAAACUGCGUCUAGGCGACGCCGCAUUGGCAGUUUGGCACGUUCAGGCGGAAGCGAACACUCUACUAAAAAAAUAAGGACAGUCCACUUCCCUCUUGCACAGCACAACAAUGGCUCCCAAUUUGUCAAGAUUCAUGCAGCUUUACGGGUAUGAUUUGCUGCUAGGUUCGAUUGCGGUGUUUUAUGUAGUCAUGGCACCCUAUACAAAAGUUGAAGAAAGCUUCAACAUUCAGGCAAUGCAUGAUAUUUUAUAUCGCAGGCAUCACAUAGAAAAGUAUGAUCAUUUGGAAUUCCCCGGAGUAGUUCCGCGAACUUUUAUUGGUGCUUUCCUUGUAUCAGUUUUGGCCUCUCCGGUUGUCCUAGCAAUGAAUUUGAUGCACUUGCCUAAAGUUUAUAGUCUUUAUGCAGUUCGUCUAGUGUUGAGUUUCCUCAUGCUGUGCACGCUUCGAUUUUUUCGCAUUCAGAUCAGAAAGAAGUUUGGGUAUCAGGUUGAAGCCUUCUUUUCGAUAUUGACUGCUGUCCAGUUCCACAUGUUGUUUUACUGCUCACGUCCUCUUCCUAAUAUACUGGCAUUUGGUUUGGCUAAUUUGGCAUAUGGUUUCUGGGUGAAAGGGAGUUUUUAUGCAGCAUUAAGAUGCCUGAUAUUUGCUACAAUCAUCUUCAGAUGUGAUAUGCUCUUACUCAUUUCUCCACUUGGCCUGGAGCUACUGCUGUCAAAAUCAAUUUCUUUGUGGAAGGCAAUAAGGACCUGCAUUGCAACUACUUUGUUCUGCAUAGGUCUUACAGUAUUGGUUGAUUCAGUCAUGUGGAGGAGGUGGUUGUGGCCUGAGCUAGAAGUUUUCUGGUUCAACUCUGUCUUAAAUCGGAGUUCUGAAUGGGGUAUACAUCCUAUUCACUGGUACUUUACUUCAGCCCUUCCGCGUUCCUUGCUUGUUGCAUAUCCACUCUUUCUGCUUGGAGCUUUUCUUGAUAGAAGGGUUCUCUUCUAUGUUCUUCCUGUUCUCUCAUUUGUUAUACUCUAUUCAAAGCUUCCACACAAGGAACUGCGGUUCAUUAUUAGUUCCCUUCCUAUCUUUAAUAUGGCAGCAGCAGUUGCAGCUAGCAGAAUAUACAACAAUAGAAAGAAGGGCUUGUGGAGAUAUCUUAAUAUUGCUAUGCUGGGAUCAAUUUUGAUUAGUCUAGGGUGCACGACCAUGAUUUUUAUGGCGUCCUACGAUAACUAUCCCAGUGGCUAUGCUCUAAAUGUUUUGCACAGAACUGGUCAGCUGACAAACAAUUCAACUGAAGUGUGGGUUCAUAUUGACACCUUAUCUGCAAUGAAUGGAAUUUCACGAUUUUGUGAAAAUGACUAUCCUUGGAGGUACUCAAAAGAAGAAGGGAUUCUUCUGGAUCAAUUGCAGAAAAGAAAUUUUACAUAUCUUGUGAAUGAGCAUUCCAACAUUACUGGUUUCCGGUGUCUUUCUUCCAUUCAUGGAUUCUCUACUGCAAAGCUUCGUAUUGGCUUUCCUCCAAUAUUACUGGCCAAGGAACCCAAGGUAUAUAUUCACGGAAAUGUUGAAAACAGCGAAAUAUUGGUAAGACAAUGGCCAGGAUGCUAAGAUGUUGUCAGUGCUUAAUCAAAUUCUUCAGUGGCUUCAUUUAGUUUAGCUCUUUCUAUGGGUGGAUGUGAUCUGCUAAAAAAAUCUUACUAUUAAGCUAUACAAGAUGGUAUAAUAUAUUUUUAGAGAAUUUCAGUUACUGUGGGCUUGAGGGACUUGUGGUGUAAAACUUGAUUGCAAUUCAUGUCUAGGCAGAGGAUAAAGAGAGAUUAGAAGUUACUCAUUCACAAAGUUUUGAAUAUUUCUUCAUCAUUUACCCCCUCUUAAAAAACAAAAAAAAAUCGUUAAAUUGAAGCUUCAAGAUUUUCAACUACUUUGCAUGCAUAGAUUCCCAGAUUCAAUGGCUAUAAUUUCGAAUUUAUGUUUUAAAAUUCAAAUACAACAAACUAAUGUAAUAUUUCCCCGACCUCGAGGGACCAAAACUGUAAUGUUUUUCCUAAAGUUGCAUUGCAUACUUCGCUCUUUUUCCAGUGGCCGGGUCUCGGCCGCAGGGGUCCUUUUCAACCUGUCUAAUUCUCUUCCUUUCAUACUUUGCUUUCAUCGUUUGACGUGACAGCACCCAAAAAAAAAAAAAAAGGGCCAAGAUUUUAAGUUUAGUGACAAAAAAAGUUACUCGUGAUUUAAGAGAUGACCGAGUCCAGCAGAAGACCAAAAACUCCUCACUAUUAAUUCCCCUCUGUAAUAGUACCGGUGACUUGACUUAGUCCGUAGUACCGUUGACUUGACGAGUAUAUGCCGAACAAGUACAUUGCAUAUAACUAUAAGAGGGUGAUCCUAAUCGCACAAUGACGGACAACUUGGAAAAAUCAUCAGAAUUCCAGUCCUCUUUCGCCGGCUCUUCCCAUCCCAUGGCAAGUCCUGGUCCCAUACAAAGACCAUCCGUCGCUGCUCAGGCAUCUGCCUCCAUGCCUCAGAAAGAUUCAUCCAUGGCUUCUCGAAAAGAUCAUGGAUACAGCUUCAACCUCACCUGUCCUCUCGGCAUCCCUCCUACUUCAGAAGCAGCAGCCAUCAGAGUAAUCAAAAACUUGGCCUUUUUCGGUUUAUACUACAUGCUGUUUGUGUAUAUCGUUCUCUUCAUUGCUCUCAUCCCAGAGCGCAAAGUCUCUCUUGUUUACUUGGUGGCUACCAAAGAAAUAGCAUUUCUUUACCUGCUUUUACUGCGGGCGCUGCCUAACUCCUUUGUCCUGCACAAGAUGAUCGACAAACGCUUCGGCUUGUUCCUGUUCUGCAUCAUCGCUGGGGUUUUGAUGAUCGUAACAAAAGCUGGCGUGCAUCUCUUGAUCACUUUAGUCUCCACAAUUCCGGCCGUUUUGGUUCAUGCAGCUUUAUGGAAGGAGGACUUUCAUUUAUUAAUCGGUGAAGAGAACAGCCCUGAUGCUGAGGAGGACUUGGUUCCGCUUGUGCAAAACAAAAGUGCCGGCGAUGCAGCUGAUGAGUCUCCGAGCUUAGUAUGAGUUUGUAUUAUUUUGUAUUUUGGAAAGAAAUAUUUUAAGGAUUUUUGAUGUUUGAUGUCAUGAUUGAUUUGGGGGGUUUUGGUUUGUGGACGUGUGGUAGGUGGGAAUUGAGAGCCAGCAAUUUUCCCUUGUCAAACCCGAAUAAAUUAUAAUUGAAUGAAUAUAGAAGACGAUAUGAGGAUUAUACCA